ACUCACAGAACUGGCCCUCAUGGUGCAGGAGCAAGGACACACAAACGUCACUUUGAGUUCCAAUCAGGCGAAGAUGCUGCUGAACUGGAAUGUGGUGCACGAAUCUGGUGACUCAGGUCCUUCUGUGGUGGGCCUCAUCUCCUUGCCAGGGAUGGGCAAGUUGCUGGCUGAGACCCGCCUGGUCCCAGAGUCUGAGAAGCAGGCAGUUCUGCAUGGGGCACAGAAGGGCGUGCUGCAAGGAGUCCCCUCUGACCUGCUCUCAGAUGUCAUCUCUGCCUUUAUGAGCAACAGGGACACUGAGAACCUCAGCUCCCUGAUCACCUUCAUCUUCUCUCACCGUUCAGCGACCCCUGGGCUAAAGCAAAAGGUGUUCUGUGCCUUCUGGGAUCACACUCCAGAUGGAUAUGGCUAUUGGUCCACCACGGGCUGCAGGAUGGUGACCACUGGAGACACCAGCACCACCUGCCAGUGCACCCACCUCAGCAGUUUUGCCGUCCUCUUGGCCCACUGUGAUGUGCAG